ACUGUUUGUUACAGCAAUGGCAGGUAACAUUAUUCCAGCAAUCGCCACCACCAAUGCGAUUGUUGCCGGCAUGGUGGUACUCCACGCUCUCAAUGUCCUGCAGGAUCAGUUGGAGAAGUGCCAGUCCGUCUACGUUCGGCUCAGGCCAAACCCCAGGGGACUUAUCAUUGUACCGGAGAAACAUCUGGAGCCACCCAAUCCCAAGUGUUAUGUCUGCUCGCCAAAACCUACAGUGGCGCUGGCAGUGGACACGCAGAAGAUGACAGUGAAGGAACUAGAGGAGGCUGUGCUCAAGAAGGCACUGAACAUGGUUGCCCCAGAUGUCAGAUUAGAUGAUGGGACGGGAUCUAUCAUCAUUUCCAGUGAGGAAGGGGAGACUGAUCAUAAUAACAACAAAACACUGGCGGAAGUUGGAGUGUCAGACCAAACUGUGAUGAUGGUUGAUGAUUUCCUGCAGAACUAUGAACUGGUUGUUGUCGUCUCGCACAAAGAGGAGUUCCCGGAAGGUCUAACAUUCGAGGUGGUGGCUGGCGAUGACGCUAAACCCAAAGAGGAGGAAGUGACCAAGAAUGGAGAGGCCAAGGAGGAGAGUGAUGAUGAUAUGUGUAUCCUGACGGAGCCUGUGGAGGCGGAGGCGGAGGAGAUGGAAGUGGUAGAAGAGCGAGAGGCCCCAUCGUCCGCUAAGCGGAAGUUGAAGGAGAUCGCAGUCCCCGCCAAGAAAAGGAGACGUAACAGUGACGACGUCACAUGCCUAGAUGUAGAUGACGUGUGAAUGUUCAGUGUUCCUUGUGUUCCAUUGCAGUCUGCAAUAAUACUUUCACCAGCCAUUCUAAUAAUUUGGUGAUGUAUUUUUCUAUAAAAUUGUCCAUUGUAAAGCAGUUUCAUAAUUCUUAAACACUAAUAAAAUAUUUGAUUUUGCUGUAUAAUUUCAAAAUAUAAAUUAAUUUUAAUUACACAGUACGUUUUGUAAUGAGUGUAAAAUAAGAGGUUCUAUGUUGUAGUUUAGGUUGUAUUAAUUUAAUGAGUUAUGAUUAUUCAAUGUGAAAAUGGGGAUUGAAUAGAGGCAACCUUGUUAAGAAGUGAGUACUCACUGGGUUGGGAUUGGACAUAAAUGAAAAAAUACAAUCUCUGUACAUGGCACUGAGUGUUAUUUGAAUAGUUCAAUUAUAUAUUAUAAAAAAGUGUCAUUUGAAUAGUUCAAUUAAAUAUUAUAAAAAUUAUCUCAUAAUUUGGGCCACUGUACGAGGUUAAUAAUUGCAGAAGUGGUUCAUUUAUUGGAAGGUACCUAAGUGUUGUGUUCUUAUUUUAUAUAAUAAAUAUUAUAAAUUCUUAAA